GUUCACCUUCUUUCUACUAAGACAGUAUUCAAGUAUGAUUGCAUGCGUUAGAUCCUUAGGAACACGUAUGGUUGUUCCUAUAGCUAGAAGAAGCUUAGUUGUAACUCCUAAAUUUAUUGCACCAAAAACUGUGGCAUUGCCAUUCGUCUCAAGACAAAUCACUAGAAACUAUUCGUUAAGUACAGAAGGAGAAGAAAUCAGCAAUAAAAUUGAUGACAUUACCGACAAUGAAUACAACAAGUUAUCUGGAGAUUAUCUCGAAGGAAUAGCUGAUUCAUUGGAAGAAUUAAGUGAAGAUUAUGAACAAGUUGAUGCCGAAUUGAACCAUGGAGUACUUACGUUAAUCUUACCACCUCAUGGAACUUAUGUCAUUAAUAAACAACCACCAAAUAAACAAAUCUGGCUUAGCAGUCCUAUAAGUGGUCCAAAGAGAUAUGAUUUAAUAGAUGGCAAAUGGAAAACAUUAAGAGAUGGUUCUUUACUAACCGAACUUUUGGAAGAUGAAGUUUCAAGCGCCCUUGGAACUGAAUUCAAAUUUGAAGGUAUUGAUAGUUAAGUAAGAUAGGCAUAUAACAUGUAGAUAGAUAUAAACAGCGCAAAUUCUUAAGUAUGAUUUUCUAAGGCAAAUCCCGCAACGUAGCAAAAAAAAUACCGUGACCGUUUUGCCGUGAGGCUGAAGACAGUGUACACAACGCUUGAGUGAUCACAGUUUUAUUUUCCAGGUCAGCUUCUCCUCGUACUAGCUUGCUUUU